UUGGAUCCGGCAACAAAAUGCCAUGAAGCAGCCGGCGGACGAUGCGCCGGAACCGGGCAACAAGAGAGCUGCUGUGAGUGCAGAUGGCCGCAAGGCUACUUACCUGGUUCAUGACAACGGUGGUCGUCCCUUCAAGAUCUCAGUCCAGCGGCAGCCUGGUGAUCCAAAGGCCCAGGUUCAGGUCUUUAAGGCCAUCUACGAUGAGGAAAUGCCAAGAUAUGAAGAAGAGCCUUGUAUCUCCUUUUCUGCAGAGAGGGUUUUUGUCGGUCAGAGUCCCAAGCACGCCAAGCACCGUGCUCGCUUUGAUGGAAAUUCCCUGUUGCUGCACUUGGAGGGUUUGAAGUAUGUGUUUGUUGGAGAGAAUGUGUUCGCCUUUACAGCAAAAUACCCCAUCACAAAGUAUGUCUCGCCCGUGGGCAAUAAUGACGUCCCUUACCCUUGGGCCAUGGAUGAACAAGGUUUCCGAUAUUUGAUGAUCAGCUCCGUCAUUGUGACCGGCAAGCUUUUCGAGAACAGUGACACCGACCCUUACGAUCUGUUCUUCGACCGGGCUCUGAUGACCGCGGACAUCGGUAUGGUGCCUCCAAAGCAACCUUUCCACGCACAGUUUCAGGGCAUCACCGAAUUCUGGAUCGGCGAAAACCAGUACACCUUCCGAUACGAGCCGCAUCCUGAAAAAGACUUCGACCGCUUGUCACGGAGGGGAGAGCUCUCUGUGGUGAAAGGUAGUGAAAAGAUCAAGCUCUCAAAGGAUGAUUAUGUGACGCUGAUGCAAGACUUUGCUGAUUUAGCUGGCUUUGAAACUCUCCACAGUGAGACAUUGGUUGAACGUCACAUUUGACCGAUUUGACCGGUGGUCGUCAUUGAAAA